CGACCUAAUGGUUCAAAAAGGCACGCUUAAUCUUACGCUUAGGCACGCCUAGGCGCAAGGCAAUGGCAAAACGCCUCCCCUAGGGAUUUCGCGCCUAAUUAGAUACUGGAACACGUUAAUGGAGUACGACGACAUAUAAGUCUCUCCUAAACAUUACUAGAUGGAGCUAAGAAGUCAAUAUUAAAUACCAAAAUUAACAUCAACUGUGAAAUCAAUUUUCUAUUGCAAUAUUUUCAAUAGCUCAAGAACUUUGUGAACUAUUGAGCUAUGAUUCUAUGAACUCGUAAGCUAUAUAUAUUCCUAUCAUUAAGUGUUGAGUAAGGUAUUAAUCAUUUAUACUGAAGUGAGGAAGUGUUGUGGAUUAUUAUUUCAUUCAUCAUGCACUGCGAAUAGCUAUUUCCUUCCAACGCCUAGACACGCUUAGUCAACGCCUAGGCGAGAUAGUCGCAAGGCAAAGGCGCUCGAUGCCCUCCUUACGGCCAGUGGCGGAGUUGUGCAUAAUGGAGGGGGGUGCAUGCAGCCCCCUGUGGGGGGAAAAACCAAGCAUAUAUGGUGAGAGCUGUGGGUCGAACUUCUGACCCCAUAAUUGAUGGUAUGCAAUCCCACCAUCUCUGCUAGACGAGAUUUUUUAUUUAUUAAACACACACUUUUAAUUAUAGCGACAGUAAUGAUCUGUCCUAAUAUCAAAACACUGUCGUCGAUCCCAGGCAGAAAUCCCCAAUUCACUUUCGUUUUUUUCCACGACCCAGCAGCAGCCAGCAGCAGAGGCGCUCGCCAACCUCCAAGCUUGGAGCUUCCAUUCUCCAAGGCUCCAACGGCAGCGAGUCCACCCUCCAAGCUCUCCAUCUUCGGCUUCAAGAUCGCCAAACCUCCACCCACCACCCUCCAAGCUCGCUGACCUCCAAGCACUCGCUGACCUCCAAGCUUCCUUCUUUUUUCAAUCGUGAGCAGGGCAGGGGAGCAUUGGAGCAACAAGCCGACAGCACAAAAAUUGCUUUGGCUCACAUCAUCAAUCUUAAAAACAAGGUAAAUCUAAGUUUUAAUUUCUAUUACUUGAAGUUUUGUUAUUUGUGUUAAUUUAGCAAAAAAGAUGGUGGAAACCAAAAAGCACAAAUUGUAUCCACAUGUUUAUUUGCUUCUCAAGUUGACACUUAUUCUUCCAGUUGCAACUGCAAGUGUGGAGAGAUCAUUUUCAUCCAUGAAAUAUAUCAAGAAUGAUCUUCGAAAUCGGAUGAACGAUGAAUGGUUGAAUGAUGCGAUGGUGACAUAUAUUGAACAAGAUUUGUGUGCUAGUUUGGAUAAGGAAUGUGUUCUAGAAUGCUUUCAGAAUAUGAAAUCUCAUCGAGGUUCAUUGUAGGCGAUGUGUGUAGAACUAUUAUUAUGUAAUUGUACGAAUCUUGGGUAUUAUGUUAUUGACAUCAUAUUUUCGUUUAAAGUUGACUUUUUAUUGUAUAGUUGACUUUUUGAUUAUAUGAACAAGCAUCCCCUUGGCCAAUUUCCUGGCUCCGCCACUGCUUACGGCCAACGCCUUUUUGAACCUCGCCUAAAAGUGUAGUAAUCUUUUUCUUUAAAAAAAUAAACGAGUUGACGUAUAAUACACACGAAUCUAAGCAUAUAUUACUCAAAGAUUGCAUUAACCAGAAACUUGUAUCCAAGAUAGUAAACUUGUUCCCCUCUUGCGUCCCGUUGAGAAUGAGAGGAGAGGAAUGUUGGUGCCGUUGAGAUGAUUUUGUUCGGUAGCGUGACUGACCUGACCGUACAGUGUGCAGCUGCACGUGCCGGCCUUUCUUUCCUUCUCCUAUCGCCAAUCAGACCAUUCCUUCUAUCCAUUGGCUCCUUACCUUUUCUUUUACUUUGGUCCCCUUUUUUCUCCCUCUUUUUUCAUUUGUUCUUUUUCAAUAAAUUAAAUCAACCUGAAAACAAUACAUAACCCCAAACCUAAAAUGUAGACAAAAGAAAUUAUUCUUGUGCUGUGAAAACAAUAGGUGGCAACAGCUUCCGCCAAUCACUCCGUGUAGCGGCAACGAAUACCUACAUGAACUCGGCUCGACGGCUGUUCAUAUGCCAAUCCCAUGAAAAGAGAGUCGGUGGAGAAUAGUCGUAGCCUAACUAAAUGGAUGCUACAUACUAUAUACGCAUUGACUAAAGAUUAAUGUGAGCUAGGCCCAUUUUGGAGGAGUAAAAGAUGGUAACAAUCUCAAUAAUAACAUGGAAAAUAUUUAACUUAUACAAUUCUUAUUAGGAAUAUAACUUUUUCAUAUUACAUAACAAUCUCCAUAGUAUAACAUAAUAUUACUCGUACUACCCAUACUCUAUUAUCCUCUCGCAAAUUGAUGGUCAUUACUUACCAACAAUUUGAAAGCUGAAACGUAAAAUUGAUGGAAACUGCGACGGACAAUGUGACAAAUAAAACUGUUUGUACCUACUAGCUCGAGGCAUGAACAAUAAUGAUUGUUGGUGUGGGUUGACUCGUCAUCCGUUCGUCGGAUCUCGGCGGGAGGGAGAGAACCUGUGAAAGAGCCGGGGUUGCCCCCCGGAUUAAGCUCCGACGAUCAAGUCAGUUUAUGUGUAAGGUGAAAGUUGAGAGAACAAAGUAGAGAGAUACAGUGUAGAGAGAUGGUGGAAAGUGGAAAGUGAGGAGGGAGAAGAAGAAGUCCCUUUUCUUGGUGGGUUUCGUACCUUUAUAUACUCGUAGCGGGUUUCGAGCGCCAUAGAUUGUCGAUUGGACGCGGUCUUACUUAGUCUGUGCGCGAAGUAUCUUAGUAACACCAAAAAAACAAAAGAAAAAAAAGGCCCGCCAAAUAUGUCGAUGUAGAUGGAUAUCAUGGCCCCUGGCCGUGAAACUUUGAGAGUGAUAAUUGGGAGAGAACGAAAAAACUCUUGCCAAAGCCGUCUAGUCUGUCAAAACUCUUAAAAACAACGUGCAUAUGAAUCACACGCAUUAUAGUUGGGAUGGAAAGGAAAUGUGAGACGAUAGAUUGGAUAUUUUAUGAGUGUAUAAUAGACUUUCUCGACCUUCUAAUAGGAAAUAAGAGAUAUAUACUACUGUUUCGUCUGGAAUAUGAGAUAUAUAUUGUACCUGAUUAUCCAUAUUUACAUUAAUGUUAUUCUAUGUAUAUAUGAUAACAACUACUGUACAUAUGAAAUUUCAUACUAUAUUUCAGAUACUUUUAAUGAGAUAUUUCUAUCUAAUUAUGAAUUCAACAGCGGCGGAUCCAGAACAGGUUAGAGCACUGGGCCGUAUUUAAAAAGCGGUGAAGAGGGUUGGGCCGUAACCCUAUAAACAUUAAAAUAUAUACCCAAAAUCGAAAAUUUACAAGUACUAGAGGAACUUUGGAUCGAGGAGGACUGGGCUGUGACCGGGGCGCGGCCCCUCGAUCCGCCGCUGAAAUUCAACUGAGGGACAAGACUUUUAAAUGGUGAGGCUAUGAUGGAUGAGAAGAGGAUGACUAUUAUAGGGAUAUAGGUAUAAUAUGCACCUGUACUAUGUCGUUUUAUCAAACAUGCCCCUCUACUAUUUUUUACAUCAAACAUGUCUUUGUACUUUGGAAAAAUUAUCAAACAUGCCCUUCUUGUAAAAUUUUCAUUGAAAAAAUUGUCAAUCAUGGUUGAACCGAGAUUUAGACGACCCGAUAUCGGCAAAUAGGAGGGAAAAUGUUAGUUUUGUCCCCUGUUUUAUUUCUCUGAGUCUUGUCAAAGUGAAAUUAUUAGGAUUAUUUGGCUAUAUAAAAGCACCAAAAAAAUUCUAAAGUGAAAUUAUUCGGGAUAUUUUAGACAUUUGUGCCGCCCAAGCAAAAGUUUGGCCGUGGUUAACGGUUUUUGGAUAAAAUUUUUAACAUAAGUGCAUGUUUGAUAAUUUUUUCAAAGUACAGGGGCAUGUUUGAUGUAAAAAAUAGUAAAGGAGCAUGUUUGAUAAAACGACAUUGUACAGAGGCAUAUUAUACCUAUAACCCACUAUUAUAUUGACGAAUCAUCAGUAGCUAGCUGUAAACCAACGAAGAGAGAUUAAUUGGCGCUCAGUGUGUAGUAGAUGUGCUUAGGGAUAGGGUUAUUGUGUUGUGUGAGAGCAUGAGCAUGGUUGGUUGGUGGCUCACUGGCUCAUGAUUGGCGCUCGACUUUAACCCCCCAACCAUACUUUAACUUAAUUAGUUAUGAUUUUUAUAUAAAUUGGCUUAUUAAUAUGUUAGAUUGUUAGUAAUCCAGUAGUUAAUUAUAAUAUUUUUAACCGAUCAAAAAAAAUUAUAAUAUUUUUAUAAUCUAUUUUAGAAAAAAGAUUUCUAUAAUCACUCAGUUAUUCUAUUGUUGUCGUUUCGCUUCACAUCAAGUCCGGAGCUAUAAGGUAUAAUUAGCUCGUUGUCUUGCACGAAAGCUGCGCUCACUUGAAUUGCUCAAUCGGAUCCAUCAGAUUUCAGCCCAUUAAUCAAUACUUUCAAAUUAGUUUUAAAUAAUAAUUUCCAAUGAUUUUGUAGUAAAAUAGCCAUUAUGAAUUAAAUACCUUCAUAUAUUUGUCAUAUAUGAUACAUGCGUAUUAAAUAAUCCCAUGUCAUAUAUAAAACAUAUUUGCUCAUAAGAUUAUACAAUUUAAAACAUCGACCAAACAUGUGUUCUCCCAUGUGCUUGGUGGAUCCAACCUUCAUAUCCAUUAUGCGUAGGAAAUGUUUGGUGGCCAUUGAUUUGUGCCUCUUUUUCUAUCAAAUCGUCCCUAACUCUCUUGCUUCCAUGUCCCCAAACUCCCACAAUUUGGGUUGAUUCGACUGUUCAUUCGUAUAAUUGUAUUAUUUGAAAUCCUUAUUUAAUUAAACAGAAUGACACAAUGUACACGAGUAGAAGAAACACAUACAUGUGUGUGUACAAGUCACCACACCCAUGACACCAACAAGACGGUACAACCUACAGAAUUUUGGUAUCAAUUAUAAAAUAUUUAAACUAUAAUUUAUUUUCAACGAUGAGUAACAAAUUUCUAUAUUAUGCGAGGUUUUUGAAAUACAUUUAUAGGUUAUUAUGCAACUCAAAUAUUUUGCAACACAUACAAUGAUACAACAACCCCUCAAUCAUUGAUAAAUUGGUUAUUAUUAAUUUGAUUCCAUAUAAAGUUUGUUUAUCAACUUCAAAGUGAAAAGUCAUUUCAAUGCUUGCAACUUCAACAUAUGUGUCAAUUACUACAACUUUUUUAGAUGUGUCAGAGAUCCUAAUUUCAAAUUUUUAUAAUGACAAAUCAUGAAUUUUUCUUCGAAAUCUAUAGCUGAGGUGUGCCUCUUGACACACCUCCCCUUGACCUACGACCACCCCUACGCAUAACAGUAUAAUAACCCGAAGACAGUAAAAAAUCUUUUUAAUAUCCAUACAUGUACAAAAUGCAUUUAAAAUUCUUGAUAAAGUUUUUCUCAUAUAUUUUAUGCUUCAAAUACCAAACAAGUUAUAUCACAUUUAAUACAUGUCUUUUAAAUACAUUUAUAUUUACUUCUUACAAUUGAGUUUGAUCCGAACUACUAAUCUUAAUGAUCAGCCCAAAAUUUUAAUAAAUGAGCAGGCUCGAGCUCAAAUUCGACUUGACUCAUCUCAUUGAUAAACGAGUCUAGCUCAAACUUUACUCGUUUAUUAACAAGUGAAACCUGAACAAGUCAAAUUAACUCAGCUUGCCUCGACUCAUUAACAAACAACCCUAUCCACAAUCAAAGUACACAUUAGAG